UCCUUACUGGGUGCACAAGCAACUGCCGGAGAUUGCCAGGAGCCCCUAGCAACACCUUGGCUUUUGAAACCUGGAAGGUGGGGUGCAGUCAGUGGAGGAGCGUGCCAAUGCCUCAGGAAGAGUCGGAUCCCAGGAUGGACACCCCACCCUCUGAAGAACCCUUAGAUAAGCAAAACAGAAAACUGGAAGUCCAGGAAGAGGAGAUGGAGUUUAAGGAGCUGGAUGAUCUGAGGGAAGCCUUGGCGAACCUCCGGGGGCUGUCCGAGGAGGACAAGAGUGAGCGGGCGAUGCUGUGUUCCCGCAUCCAGGAGCAGUCCCAGCUCAUCUGCAUCCUGAAGCGGAGAUCCGACGAGGCCCUGGAGCGCUGCCAGACCCUGGAACUGCUCAACACCGAGCUGGAGGAGAAGAGGCUGCUGGAGGCCGAGGAGCUGAAGGCCAAAAUUCAGCAGGCCCAGAAGCUGGAGGAACGCUUUAUGACCCUGGCCUCCAACCACGAGUUGAUGAUCCGCUUCAAGGAUGAACACAAAAGGCAGAACGCCAAGCUGCGAGAGGAGAACGAGAAGCUGAGGCUGGAGAAUGACCGGCUUUUCAGCCCAGCGCUGAAGGCCCAGGAGGCCAAAGUGGUGCAGCUCACAGCCCAGAGCGAGGCCCUUGCCAAGGAGCUGGAGACACUGCAACGGAAGUACGCCCAGGAUGUCUGCCAGGCCCAGGCCCGAGAGCAGGAGCUGCUGGAGCUGCAGAACCGGCAGGCCUGUGCCCACACUGAGGAGACCGAGCAGCUACGCAUGCAGCUGCAGAGCCUCCAGCAGCAGCAGCAGGAGGCCCUGCAGCAGACGGCCAAGGCCGAGCAGGCACACAGCCAGCGGAACCAGGAGCUGCGGGCCCGGCUGCAGACCGUCACUCGGGAGAAAGAGGAGCUGCUGCUGCUGUCCGUAGAGAGGGGCAAGGUGCUUCAGAAAAAGCAAGCGGAGAUCUGCCAGCUGGAGGAGAAGCUGGAGAUGGCCGACGUGGCCAAGAGGCACGCACUCGAGCGCUUUGAGCAAGAGGCCGUGGCCGUGAACAGCAACUUGAGAGUCCGGGAGCUUCAGCGGAGGGUGGAUGGCAUCCAGGCCGCCUAUGAUGAACUCAGGCUGCAGUCUGAAGCUUUCAAAAAGCACAGCCUGGAUCUUUUAAGCAAGGAGAGAGAACUCAAUGCCAAACUCCGCCAUCUCUUUCCAUAAGGAGGUUUCUGCUUCCUCUGGCCUCCGAUGAAGAAAUCAGAUAUCUGUGCCUUACUAUUAUGGCGAGAGUCAAGAUUGUAUUCCAUUUAUUCUACUUUUAAUUACGAGAGACCGCUCAAAGAAAAGCUACUUUACUACAGUGAUGUUUACUACAGUGCCAUUAUAAGGGUAACACUGAUUUUUCAGUCCCACCACCUAGAAUACAGGAGAUUUACCAAAUUUCGUUGUGUGCCUUUGAAAUCUUCCUAAGUUUGCUAUCAGUAUCUCCACCUCUCCUAUAACUUAUUCAUUCUCAAUCUCAGAUAUCUUCAGCUGUGCUAAGUUUUAAAGUUAGCAGCUCUUACUUUUCAGAGUGCAAUGGGGAAUGUAUUAUUGUGAAUAAGUGCAAUGGGAUGUAUUAUUGUGAAAAAUAUCACAGUUAACCCUUGUAAACAGGCUUGUAAUCUCCCACAGUUGAGACUGUAAGCUGUAAUAGUUAAUAGCAUGAAUAACUUGCAGGAAAGUGUCUGAUUUUAUAACUGGCCAAACAAUUACUUGCCUUACCUUCUUUAUGGAAUAUCCUUUUAUUUGCACUAGCCUGGAGAACAAAAAUUAAGCUCAUUGUUUUCCAAAGUAGUCAAAGUUUAUUAUAGCCAUUCUAUAUGAGCAAUAUGAUUCAAAUAAAUAAAAUCCACCUUUUCCAAA